AUGAAUAAAACAGUUGCCGAAAUAGCUAGGAGUGUUGGUAGGCCAAGAACAACGGUACAGGAUAUUAUCAAUCGUUAUAAGAACAGCGAAAACUUCGACAACAAACCUAGGACGGGACGUCCUUGCAAGUUAACGGGAAGAGCAAAGCGAAAAAUAAUACAAAUUAUUGAGAAAAAACCGAAAACAUCUUCGACAAAAGUGUGUGGAGAGCUGCUGGAGUUCAGUGGGAAAGAUGUUCAUUCCAGAACGGUGCGGAGAGUGUUGAAUAAUGCCCAAUAUAGUGCCCGUAUUCGUCGUAAGAAGCCUCUUAUUAGCAAGGUUAAUCAGGCUGAAAGGUUGAACUUUGCGAAAGAUUACCAAAAUCACCCGAUUGGUCUCUGA